AUGAGCCAACCGCUGCGAGUAUACUUGCGAAUAUGGCCAUACAUCCAAAAUUUUCAUGAUGGAAAAAAGAUCUAUGAUUUUCUCAAAAAGUACGGAGACAUUGAAAUUUUUCACAUCAGGAGGGAAAUUGAGACUAGAAAAUAUCAGCGUAUAGGCUUUGUUCAAUAUAAAGAAUCUGAAAAAGUCAAACAUUUAGUUUCGAAAAGCUAUUAUAGUUUCAACUCGAUGACGAUGAAAGUCGAGAUGUCCGACCCCAUAACCAAUAUAUACGGUGAUGCAAGUGUGGAUCAGCCGUCUUUUAAUGUGCAAAGGACUUGGGCGUGGAAGGGUUUCUAUAUGACACAUUCGACUUUUAUCGGUGAAAUGAAACAAAAGAAUACAAUGAAUGGAAUGAACUGA